AUGAAUAACGCGUCUAUAGCUUCUACAGACUGGCUCUGCAAUUCAAACGAAGCAAUAGAAAUACAGUUGCUUCAGCCAAAUUAUAAAGAACGAUUUUCACCAAGCUUCACUUAUCCAAUAUUUGGCGAACACGAACAAAUAUAUGGGUUCAAAAAUCUGAAAAUCAAAUUAUAUUACGCUUCUGGAAGUCUUUCGACGUAUUUCAACGUCUCUUAUGACCAAAAAAUAACAGAAAUCACGCCUGCAGCUCAACCAGACGAUGUAAUGGGCAAGAUAAAGGAAUUUAUUCCAAAUGAUUUCAUUACCAAUUAUGACACCUUUCUCAAUAUUGUGGAGUCAGAUUCACUAAAUUUUCGGCCUAUGGGUAAAAAAAUUGGUGAAUACCACAUUAGAAGAAAUGAUGAGGUUGACGACACGAAAUAUGAGAUUUACAAGACGAAUUUUAGUACUCCGAAAUUUAAAGAAUUCCAUAGACGAUUGCAGAUUUUUGCUCUUUUUUGCAUUGAGGGCGCUUCCUAUAUUGAUGAGGAUGAUGAAAAAUGGGAAAUCGCGCUAUUAUUUGAAAAGAAAAAUACGAGUGGUACGCAAAUAUAUAAUUUCGUAGGUUAUUGCACAAUGUAUGCGUAUUUUUAUUGUACUCGUGGUAAGCUCACUUCUGUCGAGAGAUCCUUGCCCCAAAAUUCCACAUUACCCCACGACAUACGAAUGAGGAUCAGUCAAUUUCUUAUUCUUCCCCCAUAUCAGUCACAAGGCCACGGUAAUAAAUUGUAUCAAUCACUUUACCAAAAUUUCUUGGCUAAUUCUUUGAUAAAAGAAAUCACCGUUGAAGAUCCCAAUGAACCAUUCCAAGAUCUGCGUGACAAGAAUGAUCUAAGAUAUUUGAUUGAUAGUAAAUUAUUAGAGAAUAUACAACUCCCGGUCGACAAGCAAACGGUGGAAAAAAUACGACAUAAAUGCAAAUUGAACGAGAGACAGAUGGCACGAUGUUUGGAAAUUUAUUUGUUACGGAAGUUAAACAAGACGAAUGAAAAUUCAUACAAAAAUUAUCGAUUGCACGUGAAAAAGCGUCUUUUUCGUCAUAAUGAAGACACUUUAAAUCAAUUGAGUAAGGAAGAAAGAUUACAGAAAUUAGAAGAAACUUAUCGAGGUGUCGAAGACGAUUAUCAAAGGAUAUUAUUACUUCUAUAG